AUGGGGGCUGCCAGGUUCUUACAAGCCUUGGCUGCCCGGCCAGAGUGGGUUGGUGCAGAGAUGGCACUGGACCAGCUCAGCCAGAAACUUUCCCCAGAAUCUUUAAACACGAGACUAGAGAGAGCCUGGAACAACCCUUCACUUUUGGGAGGAGAGACAAAGACGCUCCUCCCGCAGGGUGGGCGCGUCCGGGCCCCGGGCCCCGCCCUCCAGCAGGUGACUGGCGGCGAGGCGGGCGGCAGGCGGGGUGAGUUACCUGCGCGGCGUCCAGGCGGGGCGGGGCCGGGGGGCGGGGCCUGCCCGCGGUCCCAGGCUGCAAUUGGCCGGCGCCGCGCCUGUCUCCAUGUGCCGUGCGGCGGAGGCACAACAUUCAAGCCCGGGGGCGGGGCCGGCGCGCGCCGGGAGGAAGCGGCCGCGCGGCAGUUGCGGGGCGUGGGGCGUGGGGGCGGCGGCAGCGGUGGCGGUGGCGGCGGUGGCGGCGGCGGCGGCCCGCGCCGGGACGGGUACGGCGGGCUCCCUUCCAGGCCCAUGGAGGCGGCAGCGGCGGCGGCGGGCGGGGGCUGCGGCUCGGGGCCGCCGCUGCUGCUGAGUGAGGGCGAGCAGCAGUGCUACUCCGAGCUCUUCGCGCGCUGCGCCGGCGCCGCGGGCGGGGGCCAGGGGCCCCUAGAGGCCGCCAGAACUGACCCUGGCGCGGCCACCGCGGCCGCCGGCCCCGUGGCCGACCUGUUCCGGGCGUCGCAGCUGCCCGCCGAGACGCUGCACCAGAUCACAGAACUGUGUGGCGCAAAGCGUGUUGGUUAUUUUGGUCCAACGCAGUUUUAUGUUGCCCUGAAAUUAAUUGCGGCAGCACAGUCUGGCCUUCCUGUGCGGCUAGAGAGUAUUAAAUGUGAAUUGCCUCUGCCUCGCUUUGUGAUGUCAAAGAAUGAUGGUGAAAUACGAUUUGGGAACUCGGUUGAGCUGCAUGGAACUAAGGUUCAGAUUCCAUAUUUAACCACGGAAAAAAAUUCCUUCAAAAGAAUGGACGAUGGGGAUAAACAGCCAGAACCCCAAGCUUCUGGAGGAGUCACUUCUGAACUCUGCUCUGGUUCUUUGAAGCAGGAAGCACAGUCUCCCACGAUGUCACCCCUCGCCUCCCCUCCUUCUUCCCCGCUUCAUUACCAGAGGGUGCCCUUGAGCCAUGGCUACAGCAAACUGCGGAGCGGCGCUGAACAGAUGCAUCCAGCUCCUUAUGAAGCUAGACAGCCUCUUGCGCAGCCUGAGGGACCCUCAUCAGGGGGUCCUGGAGCCAAGCCCCCUCGUCUUCAGGCUUCCCUUAUCCGGUCCUUUUCAGUGGAGAGAGAACCACAGGACAACAUCAGUAAUUACCCAGAUGAACCCUGGAGGAUAACAGAAGAGCAGCGAGAAUAUUAUGUCAAUCAGUUCAGAUCCCUUCAGCCGGACCCAAGUUCCUUCAUUUCAGGUUCUGUGGCUAAGAACUUCUUCACCAAAUCAAAGCUUUCCAUUCCAGAACUCUCCUAUAUAUGGGAACUUAGUGAUGCUGACUGCGAUGGAGCCCUUACCCUGUCUGAAUUCUGUGCUGCGUUUCAUCUCAUUGUGGCCCGGAAGAACGGCUACCCACUGCCCGAGUGCCUACCACCAACUCUGCAGUCAGAGUACCUGCAAGCAGCUUUUCCUAAGCCCAAGUGGGAGUGUACAUUAUUCGAUUCUUAUUCUGAGUCAGUGCCGGCAACCCAGCAACCCCGUGACUUGAAUCGGAUCGAGAAGGCAUCUGUUAAAGACAUGGCUGACUUUCCUGUACCUAUCCAAGAUAUGUCUAUUGAUGACAAACAAGCUUUGAAAAGCACUUUGGAUGAAGCCUUACCGACGGAUGUGUCUGAGGAUCCAGCAACUCCUAAGGAUUCCAACAGUCUCAAAGCAAGACCAAGAUCCAGAUCUUACUCUAGCACCUCCAUAGAAGAGGCCAUGAAAAGGGGUGAGGACCCUCCCACCCCACCACCGCGGCCACAGAAAACCCAUUCCAGAGCCUCCUCCUUGGAUCUGAAUAAAGUCUUCCAGCCCACUGUGCCAGCUUCUAAGUCAGGAUUGUUGUCCCCACCACCUGCACUCCCUCCGAGACCUUGUCCAUCACAGGUAGGAGACAAAUUUGAUUUUUGUAGGCUGUUUGCUAGUAGGGAAGCUGUCCUCACACUGCUUCUUGGGAAGGGUUGGCCUCCGCAGAACUGCUCACUCAGAUUCCCAAGGUGACAUCUAGAUGAAGAAUA